CACCCAUUGAACUGGCGAGUGUUUUGAAUCUCUGGCGCUUUUUCUGCGAAUAAGAGACCGACCACUGUAGGAGUGUUAUUCGCAGCAGGUCACAACAAACCAACACAACCAUUCAUUGGUUUCCUCCUGUCUCAGUGUACCGGUACUCGUGACAAGCGAGGUUAGAGGGUACCGGUUGAUACAAUAGAUACCGGUGUCAAACCAUGUCCCUUCCCAUGGGGGAGUGUAAUGUCACUCUCCUCAUUCGGCAUAUGCCGCGAGAAUUCUCAGAUGAUGACAAACUUGAAUUCUUACGGCAUUUUGGAGCUAUGUCAGUGAAGACAGUUGUCGUUGGAGGGGCCAAAAAUGAAAUAGUUUUCGCAACAUUUCCCACAGCCUCUAUGACAAAAGCUGCUCUUCUUAGAUUACAUCAAUUGGAGGUUCUUGGACGUUACCUUAUUGUAGAAUAUGCUCGCAGCUCUGUCUCUAUGCCUGUUGAUCCAGGGUCUUCUUUUGAGAGUAAAACUGAGGCUUCGCUUGAUGAAGACAAGAAACAGAGGUUGCAGGAUCAGUUCAUGCGCCGCUUGGUGUCCUGGAGCAGCAAAUUAAAUCUUUCCCAGCCACCUCCCAGCCACUUGCGCUAUCAAUAUCCACCCCCAACUCCUGCCACUUUAUCAAAUAUUAGCAGAGCGCUCUCCAUGUAUCCUCGUCUCUAUACCCAGCUCCUUCAUCUCAUGAACCGUAUGAAUCUACCUCCUCCAUUCCAGGAUGGGUACAGAACAAAUUCAGCAUGUGACCAGUCAACACAGACGGAUGCAGUUUGGAGAGAAAAGUCCAGUAGUGAAUCUGAAUUGGAAAGUGAGGAAGAACAGUUAUCAAUUACCUCUGACUGCUUACUGUCAAAGAGACCUCCUCCGAGAAGAAAAAUAAAUCCGAUCAAGCGUCCACGUUUCAUUAAGCCAACUGUCCCUGUUGAGUCUGCUGCAUCUACUUCAAUUCCUCUACGACCGGAGGAAGUAUUUGAAAAGUCUGAAACUGAAGUGCUCUCCAGGAAGAUUGAACUCCGUCUAGUUGGCUCACUUCCUUUAGAUAAAGAGGAAAGUGAUUUUCCGAAUGAUCCCUCCACAGCUGACCCAGCUGGGUUUGGUGUGAUACAUCCUCCUCUUAAGCCUGAUAGCAGUGAUGGUAACAAAACUGGAGAAUCCAGUGAAAUAGUCGGUGAUAACAGUGUCAUAACUGCUGAAGAACUUGCAUCAAAUAGAAUACCUACAAAAGACUUGCAGAUUUUACCUGUUUUUAAGAAUUACUCUCCUGGUGCACCAUCCUGCCGCCUUUAUGUGAAAAACGUUUCUAAACAUGCUGUUGCUAGAGACCUGCACUUCAUUUAUCGACGCUUCCUUAAAUCUUCUUUAGAUGAUGAUGAUGAAGCUAAUUUAAACAUGUUUGAUGUGCGCUUGAUGACAGAGGGGCGAAUGAAAGGACAGGCCUUUAUUACACUGCCAAGUGUAAAGCUGGCUCAAGAGGCUCUCACUGAAACUAAUGGCUAUAUUCUGAAAGAUAGACCAUUGGUAGUUCAGUUUGCUCGUAGUGCCACUGCUGCUUCAAGCUCGACCUCAACCAAUAGGCAGGAAUCUUCUUAGUUCCAUUUCUUUGUGAAGUCAUUAAAUUAAAUUUAUGUCAUUCUUGUCAUAA